GCUUAUGUGCACCUGCCAAGGCGCAGUGUAGUUUGAUGUAUGAUCUCAUAAAGAUAAGAUUCAGUGGAAGUUAGUUUCUUUUUGUUGAUACCAAUGACAUGGCAGAUUUCUUUAUUUCCCUGCUGUGUAAACAGCCUCAUGCUGGUAUAAAUGUGCUCUCAUGUUGGAAUGCUGUUCUAGAGCAGCCUGGCAGACACACAGAGGGACGGUAUGGCUCUACAGUGGCUCGUGCUCACAGUGGCUCUGCUGCUAGACGCCCUGCCUUGUGACGGAGAUGGGUUGCGGGACAGGAUAGUAGGAGGGAAGGAUGUCAGCCCCCACUCCAGACCCUACAUGGCAGCCCUGCUACUGGACAGCGUUCAUGAGUGCGGGGGGUUCCUGAUUUCCGACCAAUGGGUGAUGAGCGCCGCCCACUGCUUCACUGCAGAUCUCAAAGGAACGUACACAGUCCUUCUGGGGGCUCAUUCCCUGAACAAUCGAGAGGACACCCAACAAGAGUUUGGAAUUGCAGCACUCUACCCUCACCCCCGCUUCUCAAUGAGCUACGACAACGAUAUCGUGCUGCUCAAGCUGGAUAGGCGUGUCACCUGGACUCCUGGCAUCCAGCCUAUCAGGUUCCAGCGCGAUGGAGAGGAGGUUCCGGAGGGGACGGUGUGCAGGGUGGCGGGCUGGGGCUGGGUGAACAAUGUCGGGAUAAAACCGGAAAACCUGCAAGAGGUCGAAGUGAAGGUCAUCAGCCACCAGCUGUGCUCCCGACGCGAUUACUAUGGGGGCAGGAUCACAAGCAACAUGAUGUGCGCCGGGCAGCAGGGCAAAGACAGCUGCCAGGGUGAUUCUGGAGGCCCGCUUGUGUGCAAUGGGGUGGCGACAGGCAUCACUUCCUUCGGAUGGACCAGGUGUGGGAAACCCAAAAACCCUGGUGUGUACACAAUCAUCUCCCACUACACCCAGUGGAUCAGAAAAACGAUGCGUCUGUGAGGCACACAGAGACACGAAUACCCUGUCGACUGUGUCCUGCGCAGACUGCACCCUUGUUUCUGCUAACUUAUAAUCAUGAAGUGUCAGAGUAAUAGGGAGCAAACAGGGCAUGAAUAGCCAUGUAAUUGCAUUGUAAUAACUGAAAUGAAAAUGCACAUUGACUGUAAAUUAACACUGUAUCAGCAAAUUAUUAAAAUCAAUAA